CUGCUUUUUUUCUGCAGGACUCCUACCUUCCUAGCCAUUACUUUCAGAAGUAUCAGUGAUUAAAGAUAUCGAAAAUUUAUACAGUGGUAAAUAUGGCAAAGCACUGUUUGCUGCUGCUGCUACUGUAUUUCUGUGCUGCAGUCUUGGCAGUACAAAGAGAGUAUUUCAUUGGAAUCAGAGAAGUGAUGUGGAACUAUGCCCCUAGCAAGAAGAAUUUAAUAACCGGAAAACCUGUUGGAGAAGAUGAACAUGCUGAGACAUUCCUGAUGAAGGCACCAACCAGAAUUGGAAGUGUUUAUAAAAAAGCUGUUUAUGUACAAUAUACCAAUGGGUCUUACAGUGAACCAGUACCCAAACCUGAAUGGAUGGGACUUUUGGGCCCUGUAAUAAAGGCAGAAGCAGGAGAUUCCAUUGUUGUCCACUUAAAGAACUUUGCUAAUAGACCUUAUAGCUUGCAUUCUCAUGGAAUGAAAUAUACAAAGGAUAAUGAAGGAGCUUUUUACCCUGACAACACCCCAAACGAGCAAAAGAAGGAUGACGUGGUAAAACCUAAAGAAUCCUAUACAUAUCAUUGGGAUUUGACUGAUGACCACGCACCAGCAGAAAAUGAUGAAGAUUGUGUGACUAGGAUUUACCAUUCUCACAUCGAUACACCGAAGGAUAUUUCUAGUGGUCUCAUAGGCCCUCUAAUAAUAUGUAAAAAAGGCACUUUGACUCCAAACAGGCCUCCAGCCUUUGACUAUGAAUUUUUUCUGAUGUUUACGGUGAUGGAUGAAAACACGAGCUGGUACAUUGAUGAGAAUAUUCAAACAUUCUGCACUGCUGCCACUACAGUUGAUAAGGAAGAUGAAGAUUUUCAGGAGAGCAACAAGAUGCAUUCAAUCAAUGGUUUUGUGUAUGGAAAUCUUCCUGGCCUAUCAAUGUGCUUAGACAAGAAGGUUGCCUGGUAUCUCAUUGGCAUCGGUAAUGAAGUGGACAUUCACUCAGCAUUUUUUUAUGGACAGAUCCUUACGGAGAGACAACAGCAUGUUGACACCAUCAGCCUUUUCCCUGCUACAUUUGUUCGUGCUAAUAUGGUUCCAAAGAGGCCUGGAAAAUGGCUUCUGAGCUGUCAAGUCAAUGAUCACUUAGAAGCUGGCAUGCAGGCACUCUUUGAAGUCAAAGACUGUUCACCUGAAAAGCAGCCUGAGCCAGUUUCUAAGAAUUGCCAAACAAGACAUUACUACAUUUCUGCUGAGGAAAUCAUUUGGGACUAUGGACCAAAGGGAACAAAUGACUUCACAGGAGAACAAUUAGAUCUACCAGACAGUGAAUCAGCACCAUUUUUUGAAAAAGGCCCAACGAGGAUUGGGGGAAAGUACAAAAAGGCAGUUUAUAGCGAGUACACAGAUGGAACCUUCACUACCCCCAAGAAGAGAACUGCUGCUGAAGAGCACUUGGGAGUAUUGGGGCCUGUGAUAAAAGCAGAAGUUGGAGACAUUGUAAAAGUGACAUUCCUGAAUAAUGCCAGUCACCCCUUCAGUAUCCAGCCCCAUGGAGUGCUUUACAGCAAGGAGUUUGAAGGAACACCAUAUCAGAGUACUACUGGAAAAGACCAUGUGGCCCAGCCAUUAGGAUCCAGUGUAAUGCCUGGCAAGAAUUUCACCUAUGAAUGGCAGGUACCACUAGAAGCAGGUCCUGCAAAUGAUGAUGACCCAGACUGUGUUACCUGGCUUUAUUUCUCAUCUGUCGACUCAAUAAAGGACACCAGCGCAGGACUUGUAGGCCCCCUUUUAGUCUGCCGAAAAAGCAGUUUGUCAUCUACAGGAAAACAGGUUAAUGUGGAAAAAGAAUUUUUCAUGCUGGCUACAGUAUUUGAUGAAAAUCUGAGUUGGUACUUGGAUGAAAAUAUCAAAAUGUUCGCAUCAAAGCCUACACAAGUAAACAAAGAGGAUGAAGACUUCCAGGAGUCAAAUAAGAUGCAUUCAAUCAAUGGCUACAUGUAUGGAAACCAGCCUGGACUGGAGCUGUGCAACAGAGUUAAAGUUGCCUGGCAUAUGAUUGGUCUGGGAUCAGAAGUUGACAUACAUGGGAUCUACUUUGAUGGAAAUACAUUUAUUACCAGAGGAACAAGAAGAGACACAGCUAACCUUUUCCCCCACAUCUCUACCACAUUAAUCAUGAAGCCUGACACAGAAGGCAUUUUUGAGCUUUCAUGUAAGACAACAGAUCACUAUACAGGAGGGAUGAAACAGCAUUAUAAAGUGAGCUCGUGCUCGUCCUGGAAACCGUAUAUGCCCAGUAUCACUCUUGUUGAAAAAAAGUAUUACAUCGCAGCAGUGGAGGUCGAAUGGGACUACUCACCAAACAGGACCUGGGAACAGAAGAGACAUGAGUUCCAUAAUGAAAGCCCUGGCAAUGCCUUUUUGGACAAAGGAGAUGUACUAAUCGGUUCAAAAUAUAAAAAAGUUAUUUACCGUCAAUACACUGACAAAACAUUCACAAAAGUUAAGGAGAGAAAACCAGAAGAAGAGCACCUGGGAAUACUUGGGCCAUUGAUACAUGCACAUCCAAAUGAAAAAGUCAAAGUGGUCUUUAAAAACAUGGCCAGCAGAGAAUAUUCCAUUCAUGCACAUGGAGUUAAGACGGACAGCCCUGUAAUAACAUCUACCAAACCAGGUGAAACCAAUACAUAUGUCUGGAAAAUCCCUAAAAGGUCUGGUCCAGAGAAGGGAGACUCAGAUUGCAUUGUUUGGGCAUACUACUCAUACGUGGAUCCUGUCAAGGAUACUUUCACUGGACUCAUAGGUCCUCUUGUCAUUUGCCGUACAAACAUUUUUCACAUGAGUAAAGUAAAGGACACUUUAGAAUUUGCUCUUUUAUUCAUGGUUUUUGAUGAGAAUGAAUCCUGGUACAUUGAUGAGAACAUCCAGACCUACUGUAGGACACCAAAAAAAGUUGAUAAAGAAUCUGAAGAGUUCCUGGAAAGCAACAAACUGCACGCCAUCAAUGGGAAAGUUUAUGGAAACCUGGAAGGCCUCACAAUGCAUGUUGGAGACAAGGUUAACUGGUACCUAAUAGGAAUGGGUAAUGAGGUUGACAUUCACACCGCUCACUUCCAUGGACACAGCUUUGAUUAUAAGAGUACAGGAGUAUACCGGGCAGAUGUAUAUGACUUAUUUCCAGGAACAUUCCAAGCACUACAAAUGACUGCUAAGUAUCCUGGUACCUGGCUGCUUCACUGUCACGUGGCAGACCACAUUCAUGGUGGUAUGGAAACAACCUAUACAGUCCUUGAAAAAGAAGAAAAGCCUCUACUAUCAAAAGUGAAAGAUUUCUUUACGCAAAACUGAUACCUGCCACACUGUGGAAUAAUCAGCAUGAAAUGUAAAACUGUAUACCAGAAUAAUGUAUAUCACUUUUGUUAAUAAUUUAAUAAAAUGAAAACCAUAAUGA